GAGCGGCUGCGGAACGGAGCUGGGAGCGCAGCGGGGCGGGCACGCGCACCAGCACCAGUACGCGCACCAGCACCAGCGCCGCCUUUCCCACUUUACAGCACUCCACUACACCAGCCUUUCUUUUAGCGGCUCCCCCUUUUUACCCAUCCCGAAUGUGGCUUUUUAAAAGUUUCGGUGUUCUUUUUGUAUUUCGGAUCAUUUUAAGAAGACACUGAAAGUGUUCGCCAUGGAAAGUCUGGCAUUUCCAGGCUGAUCCAUGGACCGAUCGCCGUAAAGCGGAUGGUUUUUUUUACUUUACUUUGCACAAAUAAGGGGAGCAUAAAUUGAACUGGAGGGACGCUGACUGGGGCAACUUUUUGUUGCUGUUGUUGCCUUUUUUUGCGACUCACCUCCUCUCAGCCGAGUUUGAUUCAAAGUUAAGAGCCAAGAUGGCGGCCGAUUCCGUGCAGGGUGACACUCGCAGUCGUAUGGUGUCGGAGCGCUUCAGCCUGGGCCACCUCCAUGACCUCUCUGACACCAUGGUGCAGCAGAAGCUGGACGAUAUCAAGCGGGAGAUCCGCAAGGAGCUGAAGAUCAAGGAGGGUGCAGAGAACCUGCGCAAGGUCACCACUGACAAGAAGAGUCUGGCCUACGUGGACAACAUGCUGAAGAAGUGCAACAAGAAGGUGGAGGAGCUGCACCAGGAACUGCAGGAGCUAAAUGCCCACAUCGUGGUGAAGGACGCCGAGGACCUCAUAGAGUGCCCCCUCACGCCGGACACCCCGAAGAGCGAAACGUGCGCGUCCACCAACAACAGCCGACUGGCCGCCCUCAAGCGGCAGAACAACAUCGAGCUGAAGGUGAAGCAGGGAGCCGAGAACAUGAUCCAGAUGUACUCCAACGGCUCGUCCAAGGACCGCAAGCUUCUUGCCACCGCGCAGCAGAUGCUGCAGGACAGCAAGAUGAAGAUCGAGUUCAUCAGGAUGCAGAUUCUGAAAGCCAGCCAGACCAACGAGAUGGGCUUCGAGAACAAUGACGGGAUUGCCAAGCCGAUCAUCAGCCCGCUGGACCUGCGGCUCGAGGAGCUCCGGCAUCAUCUCCGCAUCGAGUACGCCGUCACCGAGGGAGCCAAGAACGUCAUGAAGCUGCUGGGGUCCGGCAAGGUCACAGAGAAGAAGGCCCACUCUGAGGCCCAGGCGAGGUUCAACGAGUCCAGUCAGAAGCUGGACCUGCUGAAGUUCUCCCUGGAGCAGCGGCUAAGCGAGCUGCCCAAAAACGACCCCAAGUGCAGCAUCAUCAUGGAGGAGCUGGCGAUGGUGGCCUCUCCGGCGCUGAGCCCCCGGCAGAGCAUCAUUUCCACACAGAACCAGUACAGCACCGUGGCCAAACCCGCGGCAUUAACAGGCACACUGGACGUAAGACUGAUGGGCUGCCAGGACCUCCUGGAGAGCAUCCCGGGCCGGUCCAAGGCUGCGCCGGUGCCGCUGCCAAGCUGGAGCCCCAGCGACACGCGGUCCUCCUUCAUGGGUCGCAGCACCCGCAGCAAAGUGGGGGGGAGCCGCAGUUUCUCCAAGACAGACGACCUGUCCAAUGAGAUCAGUGCUGUGCUGAAGCUGGACAACACAGUGGUGGGACAGACCAGCUGGAAGCCUGUAAGCAACCAGUCCUGGGACCAGAAGUUCACUCUGGAGUUGGACCGGUCCCGAGAGCUGGAAAUCUCUGUGUACUGGAGGGACUGGCGGUCCCUGUGUGCUGUCAAGUUCCUUCGGCUCGAGGACUUUCUGGACAACCAGCGCCAUGGCAUGUGCCUCUACCUGGAACCCCAGGGCACGCUCUUCGCAGAAGUUACAUUUUUCAACCCUGUCAUUGAGAGGCGACCCAAGCUGCAGAGGCAGAAGAAGAUCUUCUCAAAGCAGCAAGGAAAAACGUUCCCCCGUGCGCCUGAGAUGAAGAUCAACAUCGCCACUUGGGGGCGGCUCAUUAGAAGAGCCAUCCCGUCCGUCAACUACUCCUUCAGUCCCCAAGUGGCCGAGCUGCAGGUGGAGCCAGCGUCCCCCGUGCAGCCGGAGUCCCCACCCUCGGCGACCCCAACGGUGACCAAGCUCGAUUUUGACAAGGAACUGCCCCCUGCGCCCAAACGGAACUCUCACCCCCCUGAGAUCCACGAGCCACCCCCUGAGAGCAAGACCCCCGACAAGGAUGAAGUCAAGAAGGCUCUGGAAACGUUCAACUUCCUGGAUGACAGGAAUAGCAUAGUAGUUGAACCAGAAGACGACACCGUGGCAGGGCAGGAGACGCAGAGGUCUGAUCUGGAGCUUACGGCAGAAAUUAGGGAUGAAGACCAGUUCCAGUUCAAUCUGAGCGACUUCAAAUGCAUUGCGGUUUUAGGCCGCGGUCACUUCGGAAAGGUUUUACUGGCCGAGUACAAGAUCACAGGGGAGAUGUUCGCCAUCAAGGCCUUAAAAAAAGGGGACAUCGUGGCUCGAGAUGAAGUGGACAGCCUGAUGUGCGAGAAGAGGAUCUUCGAGACUGUGAACAGCGUACGUCACCCAUUCCUGGUCAACCUCUUCGCCUGCUUCCAGACCAGAGACCACGUGUGCUUCGUGAUGGAGUACGCGGCCGGCGGCGACCUCAUGAUGCAUAUCCACGCCGACGUCUUCUCCGAGCCCCGGGCUGUAUUUUAUGCAGCCUGUGUGGUGCUGGGACUGCAGUUCUUACAUGAACAUAAGAUAGUAUACAGAGAUCUGAAGCUGGAUAAUCUACUUUUUGACACCGAAGGAUAUGUGAAGAUCGCCGACUUUGGCCUUUGUAAAGAAGGAAUGGGAUUCCGAGACCGGACCAGCACCUUCUGCGGAACGCCGGAGUUUCUGGCGCCUGAGGUGCUGACAGAGACGUCCUACACGCGGGGGUGGACUGGGUGGGGGCUUGGAGUGCUGAUCUUCGAGAUGCUAGUCGGGGAGUCCCCUUUCCCCGGCGAUGACGAGGAAGAGGUGUUCGACAGCAUCGUCAACGAUGAAGUCCGCUACCCGAGAUUCCUCUCAACAGAAGCGAUUGCCAUCAUGCGAAAGCUUCUGAGGAGAAAUCCGGAACGGCGUCUUGGAGCGGGGGAGCAAGUGAAAAGGGUUCCUUUCUUCAGGACCGUCGACUGGAACGGGCUGCUUGCCAAGAGGGUGAGACCUCCGUUCAUCCCGACCAUCCAGGGCCGAGAGGACGUCAGUAACUUCGACGAGGAAUUCACCUCGGAGGCGCCCAUCCUCACACCGCCCCGGGAGCCCAGAUUCCUGACCGUGGAAGAGCAGGAGCUGUUCUUCGACUUCGACUACAUCGCAGACUGGUGUUAGCCCCCAACCCCCCCGCCCCCCCCACGACACUGUGAACCGGCACAGCUGCCUGUAGCUCCCACCAACCUCUCCUGGCGAAGAUCUGCCGUUCCUCUCCAGCCUUCUGUUGCACCCUGUGCCAUUUAUGGGACCCACAAGUAUUUUUUUUUUAUAUAAACACAAUGAAGACUAUUUCUAAGUGAACUGCCUUAGAAGCAGGUGGUGGUGACCUCACAGGUGUGAUCAUUUCAUAUCGUCUGAGCACUGGGAACAUUUUCGAUGAAUUAGUGCAAGAACUGACUUCUCGACCAAUCGCAGAGCGGCGCCUACUUCACUCUGAGAUGCCUUCACCCUGCCAUACCUCUGGCUUCUCAGACAGUUGGACUCCAUCCAAGGCAAACUUACGGACAUCAUUGCAUAUUUUCAGCGAGACCGGAGGUCCCUCCAAAGUAAGAGGCUAUCAAAUAUUGACAUUCUUUACAUCAGACUCAAGGUUUCCCCAACUGACCCUUUUCCCGCCGGAACGUUAAUUUCAUCCUUGCCUCAUUUUUGUAUUUAUUGCGUCUGUUUUUAAUAUGCCUUAUGUGUUUUUCGUCGAUUUUUAAAAAGCCUCCGAUCGCUAAUGGACAGGUACAGAGAAGCUACCGGAGCUGGUUGCCAAAUUGUCGUAUUUUUGUAUCCAUUUUAAAUCGGAAUCGCAGCAAAAAAAAAAAUCUAUUGGCCGGGGAGAGCUUAAUUUUAAAUGAAACGGGGGAAUCAAAAGUCCUGUGUGACCAUCAUUGGGAAACAAACUGUAUAGUUUUUAUAUUGUACUUUAGUAAACCAGCAUGUUGGAUCUGCUGUAAAGGGGGAGACGCAUUUUUACACAUAGAUAUGUUCGGUAUUUCAGCAAUGGAAUGAUGUCAGAAGAUGAAAGCCAUUGUGGACCUCUGUAACGGAAUGUAAAAAAAUGUAUAUUCAAAGUGAAGUGUAUAUUUUAGCGUUGUGCAUGCCAAAGCAGCCCGUCUUUUUUUUUUUUUUUGGGGGGGGGGGGGUUAUUAUUUCCAGCCGGGACAGGGCAGAGCCAGGCCUCUAGCGAUGCCAGAGAAGCAGAGCUGAUCCGGGACCAGCCAGGUCACAUGCCAUGGCUUCAUUCGGAGAACAGGAGCGAGAUCGUCGUAAUCGUCUGGAUGUUCAGGGGGUCUCAGCUCUGAUGCUGUACAGUAAAUGUUCUUAAAGAUGAAUCACUACAGGGUGGGAAGGGGGGGGGUGUAUUUACACAUUUACAUUGAAAGCACUAAUUUUACCUGUAGUUUUGAAAGUUUUAGCUUACUUGUGAAAAGGUUGUAAAUACCUUCUAUAUACUGUACGCUAAACUGGCUGCUUGAGCACACGAGUGAUGGUUGUGAAAGGUUUGCCACUGCCUGGUCCUGCAGGGCGGCGGCAAUGAGCGCGGGGUGCUAAAUAUUUUACAGUUAUUAUGCAUAUUGUGAAUGCACAAAUUAAACAUCUGUAGCAGAGA